AUGCAUCAAUACCUCGCUUACGAUCAUCCGCCACCUUCUUAUCAAGAAACCAUGUCAACCCCUGCUGAUUACGACUGUUGGCCAAGUACUUACUAUGGCGGCAAAAAGCGUAUAGACCUCGCCCAAUUCUACCAUGAUGUGCUUCUUGCAACUCAGACAAGAGCACGCCGAGUAGGAUUUUCCACGGAACCACCCACAGUCCAUGUGUAUGAAGCCGAUACGGCGACGGACGAGGAUGAGGACGAAUACGAAUGGAAUAAAAGCAACCUGAAUCUGGACGGUCUAAAAACUUCUCAUCGCCAUCGACGAUUAGAUCUCCGUCCCAUCCCCAACAACGAUUAUGUCCCGCCACCCAAAUCCAAGGUGGUACCUACUCCUCCUUGUCCUGCAACAGGAUUCAAACGUGACGAAAUCAAGUUCCCUGUAUUCGAAAAGAAGAGUAAACGACCACUGAAAGACCCGCGGGCGGGACUCCUGAAAAUCUGGUCUCGUGUGCCUCUUCCUCAGUGGACCAAAGUUUAA